CACAUAUCACGGAGCGUCGUCACAAUGUGGAGGAGGGCCUUGUCGUUGGUCAUGGCGAUCGCGCUGGCCCUCGCGACGGCCGACAGCAUCCCCUUCACCGAUAAGGACUUGGCGUCGGAGGAGAGCCUGUGGGACCUGUACGAGCGGUGGCGGAGCCACCAUACGGUGUCCCGCGACCUCGACGAGAAGCUCAGGCGGUUCAACGUGUUCAAAGCCAACGUGGCGUACAUUCACGAGUCCAACAAGAACGACAAGCCUUACAAGCUCGGCCUGAACAAGUUCGGGGAUAUGACCAGGGAAGAAUUCCGGGGGACGUUCGCCGGGUCCAAGAUCGACCACCACCGGAUGCUCAGGGGCGGCCGCGACAGCAGCGGAGGAUUCAUGUACGAGGAUGCCGGCGACCUGCCUUCCUCCGUCGACUGGCGGGACAAGCGCGCCGUCACGGGCGUCAAGAACCAAGGCCACUGCGGGAGUUGCUGGGCUUUCUCGGCUGUUGCUGCGGUGGAGGGGAUAAACCAGAUCAGAACUAAUGAGCUCGUCCCCUUAUCGGAGCAAGAACUAGUCAACUGUGACAAGCAAGACCAUGGAUGCAGAGGAGGUCUAAUGGACUACGCAUUCGAGUUCAUCAAAACAAACGGAGGCAUCACAACCGAGGCAGACUACCCCUACUUAGCCAAACAAACCAAAUGCAAUGUCAUCAAGAAGGGUUGCCAUGUGGUUGUGAUCGACGGGUACGAGGACGUUCCCGUGAACGACGAGGAAGCUCUGAUGAAGGCAGUGGCGAACCAACCUGUUUCCGUAGCCGUGGAAGCAAGCGGUCCAGAUUUCCAGUUCUACUCUGAGGGUGUCUUCACAGGUGACUGUGGUACAGCUUUGGACCAUGGAGUUGCAGUUGUAGGGUAUGGAACAACACAUGAUGGGACAACGUAUUGGAUAGUGAAGAACUCAUGGGGGCCUGAGUGGGGAGAGAGGGGUUAUAUAAGGAUGGAGCGUGGGGUCUCAGCUCCAGAGGGGCUGUGUGGGAUUGCCAUGGAGGCCUCAUAUCCCGUUAAAGCAUCACUCAACUGUAGCAACAUGGAGUUGCCUCUCAAGGAUGAGCUAUGAGCUAUGAGCUAUGAGCUAUGAGCUUUGAGAGAGACGGGGGGAGAUUUAACUGCUGCUGCUUUAUUGACCAUGAAAUGAAAACACAUUUGAUGUAUUGGAAUCUUCCUUAGAUGGGAGGUAGCUUGUGGUGCUUAUUUGAAUUAUGAAUAAAAAUAUGUUUCCUUUUAA